CUACAACAUGGAUUUGGAUCAGUCAGUCAGCUGCUCUGUACAAAAUCCGCCACGAUCCAUUCUCCAAUCUACCGACACACACACGUCAUCUCAUCCCAUGCAAGCGAUACACAUCCAUCCAUCCAUCAGUCUUUCUCACACACACACUCAGGCUCUCAAUCUGUCGGCCCACCGCACUCUCACCACCCCACACCAGACCACACCAAACCACCCCGCCCGUCGAUAUACCCACCGACCGACCGACCGACCAUCCCCUUGUUAAUUCAGAAGAAUGGCGGCAGGUCCCUGCGCUGCUGCAGCCACGCCUGCAUCAGCGUCAGAGGCUUCGCCACUGCCAACUCCCCUCCGCCACCCUCCUCCCCAUCCCCACUAUCUGCCGCCUUGGCCUCGCCCCUCCUCUGCCGCUUCACACGGGGCGCAGCGGCCGGCUCGUCAGAUUCGUCAUCCACACACGACGCACCUCUUGCACCACCACCACCACCGGCUGCUGCCGCUGCCGCCGAUGAAGCAGCAGCUGCGGGGGCACCGCCGGCCUUGUCGUCUUGGAACUGGACGGCCCGUUUGCGUUUGCCAAGGAUGUCUUGGCGGGCCUUCAUGAGAAGCAUGGGCUCUUUGAUGGCCGGCCUGGGUGGCGAGGCGGGGUGGGGGCGGUUGGCGUGCUGUUGGUCGAGGGUGCGGUCGCUGAAGAGGUCGAGCUCCUUGUCGUCAUGCGGGUUGUAGUCGGGCGGCGGCGCGUCCGCACGGGCCGCAUCCAUCUCAGGCUCCACCUCUAUGUCUAUGUCCAUCUCUAUCCCGCCACCCCUGUCCCUCUUCCUCUCCCCCUCCCCCUGUCCCUGCCCCCCAGCCGCCGCCUCCUUCUUGUCAUGUUGCUCAGCCACGCCCAUGGACUCCUCCUCCUUCCGUCUGCCCGGCCCCUGCCGCUCCGUCGUCUCCCCGCUGUCCACAUCCAUCGGCUGCUGCUCGGGCGUCUCCUCACGACCACGCUCUUGCUCUUGCUGUUGCUGGUGGUGCUGGUUGUGGUCUUGGAUGGCGAGAUGCUUGUCCUCGGCUAUGCACUGGGAGGCGUUGAACAUGGGUCUGGGUGGCGACGGGUCACGCUUGCUGCUCGUGCCGUGUGGGUGCUGCCCGUGGAGGGGCGGCGGGGCGUCUUCGAGCGUGUCUGGGAGGCCGCCACCUGAACCGGACUGAGACCGGGCAGCGGGGGGCUUCGGAGGACUGACAGAGACAGAGGCAGAGGCAUCGGUCCAUCAAAUGGCCGUCUCAAUGUAUGUAUCUUACCGUUUGUCCAUGUUGCUGCCUGAGGUCGUGGUGUCUUGCUUCUUCUGCUUGUCGUCUUGACUCUGGCCGCUGCACACACACACACACACACACACGACAAUUGAUAAACCAACGAACAGCUUCGGCCCUCUCCCUUAUCUCACCCGCUGGCCGGCUUGUCUCUGUCGUCGGACUUGCGCGUCUCCUCCGAGUCUUCCACACCGCCGUCGCCCCCCUGAACUUGCACGCCAAUCUCUACGCCACCGCCCCUGCUCCCUUCCUCCCUCCCCUCUCUUUUGUCCCCACCCGACUUGACACACUUGUCCCUCUGACUGUCCGACAGGUUCUGCGGCUCACGCAAUCCUCGGCGCGCCUUGGCCAGCUCGCCGACGACACGUGGCGCCUCAGGCAUCUUCUCGCCGUCCUCCCGCUGGUCCUCUGUUGGCGGCAGGGCAGCGGCCGAUUUCUCGGCGCUGGCAUGACUCGCACCUCCACGGCGUGGGGGGGAGGACACGCCCGGCUCUAGGAAGGACGGCUCCUUCCUCAGCUGCUCGAGCUCGCGGUUGAGCUGCGACGAUAUGGCGAAAAGCGGGGCGGCCUUGCGGUUGGGAAUGGCGGAUGUCUGGCCCUGACUGAUGGCCUGCUGUGGGAGUGCGAGUGCGGGUGCCUGCAGGACCUCCUCCGUCGCACCCAUUCCAUCGAUAGCGCAGGAGGGCGGGGCAUGCCGACGCAUCGCCUCAGGGCGGCCACUGCCGGACUCGGCGGAUGGCUCGCAGAGUGGCGGGGCGGGCCGCAUGGCGACGAUGUCGACAUCGGCGGGGUCGUCCUUGUGUUGCUGCUCCUUGUCCUUGUCAUGGCCUUGGUGUGAGUGCCCCGAGCCACUGUCGCCCGAGCCUCCGCGACGGAAACGCUUCAAGCUGAUGGAUUGACAAGGCAGACACAGAAAUGGGUGGAGGGAAGGAGAGUCUGUGCAUAUGGUGUGUGUGUGUGUGUGUACCUGGAUGGUGCCCUUCCAGGGUCGGUCAUCGGUAGGUUGAGGACGGUGUUUCCCCCCCUGGCUGCGGCGGCCCUCAGUGCCCGCGGGAUGCGGGCAUGCGCUCGCUGACUCUGACCCGAAUCGGGCGUCAGCUGAGGCGCCUUCUGACUCGGCAAAGACGCUAUAGACGCUGCUGCAGGUGACACAGCCAUCUUCUCCUCCUCCUCGCCACCAUCACCAUCACCGGCACCACCACCAACAGCCCCGCUACGCUCCCCCUCCCCCUCGCGCUCGCCCUCAUCACGAGCUACCUGACUGCCGCCUCCCGUCAUCCCGUCAUCUCCCUUCUUAUCGUCAGCCGCACCCUUCUCCCCGUCAAGCAUCACUUGGUCCUCCUCCUGCUGCUGUUGGUCGCCGUCCUUCAUCUCCUCGUUCGCGUCAUCCAGACGCUCUGCGCCUGGUCGACUGGGCCGUGCAGGGGACUCAGCGGCAAGCGCUGCAGCAGUGACCUCGCCGAGCAUGGCGUCGGUCAUGAGUGGGGCAGGUGCGUGUGGGGGUGGGACAGGUGGAGGGAGGGGGUCAGAUCGGUCGGAUGCUGUCUUGGAUGCACCGUCGGGCUGCGAUUCGGGCGACUCCCGGACGGUGGGCGGCAGCUCCAUCGACGGGGGGUGGUCGGCCUGGUCUGAGUGGUCCGAUUGGGCCUGGGGCAUGGCCGCGUCAUCGCUGGCGUCGUUGCCCUCCCCCGCCCCCUCGCCGCCACCAAUCAUGUCCACCUCGUCUUGUGGCACCGUCUGCUCGUGCGGGUGGUCAGAGCCCUCCCCCUCCACCUCGCCAUUCUGCCCAGCACCACAGCUCUCCAUUUCGUGCUUGUCUUGCUCGGGCUGUUGCUGUUGCUGUUGCUGCUGGUGCAGGGGGGGCUCUCCGGGAGGUGCCAUCUCCAUGUCAUGGUCUGGCAGCGUCCCAUGGUCGGGCAGAGUGGCCUCGCAACCUCUCUGCAGAGACGGCGACGGAGGGGACGGGACGGCGCCGUUCUCGUUCUCGUCAACACUAUCAACACCAGCAGCAGCGGCCCCCUGGCCAUGGCCAUGCUCGUCCUUGUUCGUCUGAUCUUCCUUGGCCCCAUCUCGGCCGAGGGGUGAGGGUGAGGGUGGGCGGGGGCGGCGGCGGACCGACUUCCCUGACUGCGGGGUCAGGAACUCGUCAUCGGCCAGCGGCUGGGUGGCCAACAUCUGCCGUCCGCCCGGCGAAUAGACGGGAGGGGGCUCGCUCUUCGGUGAGCCCCGAGCAGGUGAUGCACACUCUUGCUCCUGAUCUUGGUCUGGGGCCUUCUGGCCGCCCUCUUCUCCGCCCCCCUCCCCUCCCUUGUCUUCCUCCUCGUCGGUGUCACGAAUCGUCUCGAUCUGCUCCGGCUCGCCUUGCCCACUUGCCGGCGCUGGGAUCUCCUCUCCGUUGUUCUCCAUCGGACGAUCCUCGGCGACCCCCUCGCCAUGCUGGGCGUCCCCAACAUCCUCUUUGGGUCCGUCGUGGUUGCUCUGGUCCUGGUCGAGAGUGGGUGGCAGUCGUCUCGGGACGAAGGGUAUCUGUGCGGUCUCAGCGGCACCCUGCAGCAGGGGGUGGGGGUGGGGGCGCUGCUGCUGCUGCUGCUCGUCCGGCUCCGACGGUUGUGAGCUGCGCCGCCGCUGUGCGAGCAGCAACUGCAGGCUGCCGGCUGACGGUCGCAGUGGGUUCCCGAAGGAUGACUUUUUGCUCAACGCGGCCGACAGACGGGGCGGGGGGGCGUCAACCGUACCUGCCAUGGGAGGACAACAUGAAUGUGGGUAGACAGACAUAUGUGCAGGUGGGGCACGUGUCAGUAAUGGUUGGGCUGACCAGCGAUCAUGUCUAGGAGGUCGUCAUCGUCCUCGACGCCGCCGCUCGACCUGCGGGGCGGCCUCUCGUCGCUGAGCCUCUCCUCCUUGACACGCGCACCGGGGCUGUCGCCAUCUGAGUCCUCCUCUCCCUCUCCCUCUCCCUCACCCUUGGAGAGCAGGACAGCAAACGACACAGUCGUGUGUGUACGUGUGUGUGAAUGGAUGGAUGGAUGGAUGGAUGGCUGCAUGGCCCCAGGUGGUUGUGUGUGCGGCUAGGUGUGGGUGUGGUGCAGUGUACCUCUUCCAGUUUGCCGAGGGCGGUUCUGAAAUUGGUGAACGGAUCGUUGCCAGCGACCGGAUCGCCGCCACCGACAGGAUCGCCGCCACCGACAGGAUCUUCGUCAUCGACAGGUGCGCCCCUGACCAUCAAUCCCACCACAGCCACACAUGCGGGCGACACGUGUCACUGCUGGCCAGCUGGUCGGCUCUCUGUCCCUCUGACCCACUCACUCCAGCUGGCGAGCCUGCGAUGCUGUUAUGUCAACGUUGUCAAUCUCGAGAAACGCAUCCGCCUUGCUCUCGUUGGCCUGACAGACACCAAAGACAGACAGACAGACAGACGCACCCUCACACACACACUCGAAAGAUGGUAGGACCAGCACCACCACACCCUCCCUCGCCCCCCCUCCCUCUCCCCCGCCCCCCCCCCCUCUCUGCUGACUGACCUUGCUUUGUAUGUGUGUGAAGUGUGCGAUGAGGUUCGGGAGUUUGCCCUGUUUGACGGCGAGAGAGGCGGGCUUUGGGAAUUCGCCGACCAUGUCGUGUGGGACCAUGAUCUUGACUGAGUGGAUGACGGCCCUGACGCUGCGGCCCUCCACGCCGUCCGCAUCGUCAUCGAACCACUGCAGGAAUACCCUGGCGUCCACUAUCGAAUCUACACAUCAACCAUACAUCACACACACACACACAGAGAGAGAGAGAGAGAGCGCUGCCGUCCUGACCCGUCCUUGGUGUGUGUGUGGUGUGUUCCAAGUGCUGACAGACAUACUGUUGAGCCCAUCGAUGUCUGGUUCGUCGCAGAGUGAGUCGCUCAUCAUGUUACUCUUGCAGGAUCCCGUCACGAUGGCCUUGACACACGCUCGGUUGUCAUGCAGCACACACGUCGCUAUGGCAUCACAGCCCUGGCAGUCCACCGUCUUCGACAACUUGACCAGCCGGCACGGUUGGUUGAUACCUGCACGGACCAGACGGAGGAUGCGAUGCAUCCAUCGCAAUUGCUCCUGGGCUGCAAUGCCAUCCAUCUCAAGCCUUACUGAGAUCGAUGCGCCGGAGGGGUUUUGGCGUUGACCUAUCGAGGUUGUGUAUCUCCCUGCGCACGAAGUCCUCCACAGCCGACGCCACCCAUGCCCGCUUCUUCACGUACUCCGUCAUUUCUUACACGCAAACCUUCUCCUCAUUACAGCAGCCCUCACAGGCCACACGCUGGCCGAAAAGGCCC